GUGAAAAGUUUGGUGGGAGGGGAGUGUACACAUUCCAUGGCUUAAACAAGAGCUAAUUUUUUUAAACUUAUGUUCAUUUACUCUUUGCGUAUUUUUUUUUUUUUAUCUUCAGACUAGCCUCUUUACUCUAAACAAUUUUCAGAGUUUGAAAGUUAAGCUUUUGACUUAACAAGUCCUUUGAGGAGUGGUUUUCGUGGUAACUUUGAUGACUUUUGAAAUUCUUGUAACAUGAAAUUUCGAUUUUGUGGAGAAUUGGAUUGCCCAGACUGGGUGCUUGCUGAGAUAGCAACUCUGGCUAGAAUUUCUUCCAUUAAGAUGAAGCUACUGUGCAAUCAGGUUGUCAAUAGUAUACUUGGAGAACCUAUUGAUUUUGACAAAGUGAACAAGCUUACAGCCGAUGCCAAAUAUGAACAAGGGGAUGUCAAAGCUACCAUAGCUGCUCUUUCUUUUAUUUUUACUAGCUCUGCAAAGCAUAGCAUUGAUGAAGAAUCACUUUUAAAUGAACUUCAACAACUUGGAUUACCGAAAGAAUCAACAUCAGCUUUGUGUAAAGUAUUUUCUGAUAAAUUCAUUCUUCUUCAAGGCAAACUGAAAAAGGACAGCUUAAAAUUGUCUGAAAUUCAAAAUAUUAAUUGGCAAGUGGAUUAUAUUAUUUCUUCAAGCAAGCUAAAAGAAGUAAAUGAUCCAUCAGUGGUGCUAAGUAUGGAAGUUAAAGAGGAAAAGCAUCUAGAAGCUACAGUGCACUCAUUUAAUAUGUCUUCUAAUAACUUUCUUUUAUUGUUACAUGAACUGAAACAAGCAUAUUCUAUUAUGGAAGAAGUUACUCCCACGUCUUGAAAGUGCCAUAUUUUGCUGCUGAAUUUAUUAUUCAUAGUUGACAAUGUAAAAUAUUUUUGUUGAUUUCAAUACUUGUACAUAAAAAUCUCUUAUGUGUUUUAAAAUUAUUACCCCUUUGUUUUGAACUGAAUAAAGUUUUUUAAAUAAGGUUGGAAACUUCAUCCUUGUGCCAAAAUGUUUGUGCUAUUUGUUUGAGCAAUGUGAAUAAAAUACAUAUUUUAAAGUUAAUUACAUCUCAAUGCUUUUUUUUUCUUUCAUAUGGUUACUUGUCUCAAAUUUACUUCAGUUUUACGAAAUUUGCAUAAAAAAGCAUAUUUUCAGCAUUUUAUAAAUUACUAGGGGAAGAGGGUCUCACUACAUGCUCCCAUUGCUUGCCAACCCUCUUUUGCUACCCAUGGUUGCUCAAUGCCGCCUGUGGCGGAUGACAAUUGAGACAGUGAGAAGCAAAGGGAUGUAAGUAGAUUUUUUCAAGUUUUGAGUAAAAUGCAUUUAGGUAGGCUUUCCUUGAAAUUCUUGGUACAUCCUAGUUAGGCUUUCCUUGAAAUCCUUGGUACAUCCUAGGUAGGCUUUCAUUGAAUUUUUUUUCUAAAUCGUGCUGUAUAUCAGCAACUACCAGGGCUACUAGUACCAUCUCUUUCCCCAAGACAGAGGAGAAUUUCACCUACUAAGUGUACUGGUUAUAUCCAAAUUUUUAAUUUUGCCACUUACAUUCCUUUGCUUCUCACUGACUCGAUGAUUUUAAUGCUUUUACCCCUGGAUGUCUUCGAGACAUCCCUGGAUUUUCUCAUGUAUGUAUAUCUGGCCCCUUAAGGUUUUUAAAGGGUGAGGCAGGGCAGCAAGACUGGCCCUGGAUGUCCUGUAUUCAAUGGCACCAGGAUUGACCUGGUAGGCAAUGCUAGUGCAAAGAAAACAGGAUUGCAGUCACAUGCACUGUUUUUUUAAUAGUAUAGGUUUAAUCACUCCAUCAUGCUUCAACUAUUUUCUUUAAAAAUAUGUAUAGUAUGAGCAAAAAUAUACAGACAGUAACAUAAAUUGCUUUUUUUAGGUUUGUUUUGUUGCUUUAAAUUAAAUCACUUUCUUGUAUUC